AUGGCUGAAGCAAUAGAGGAAGACACGAUUCCUUGUGAAAAUUGUAAUACACAAGUUAGCUUGCAGGAUUGGGCAUCGCAUCCAAAACAAUGUGGUGAUGAACAUAAACAACGAAUUGAAAAACUAAAAAAUGGUAUUCAGGAUAAUUCAACAGUAGAACUAAUUCCAUGUGAAUACUGCGAUAAACAAAUUAAUGUACAUGAUUGGGAAUGGCAUUCAAGACAAUGUGCUAAUACUAAUAAAUACGAUGGUCUUAAUAGAAACAAUUAUGAAAAUGAAUCAAUGGAGGCAGUUAUUCCAUGUGAAUAUUGUGGUGCUCAAGUUAAUAUACAGGACUGACAAAAUGCAGCGAAAUCAAAUCAUAAUCUUAUUCCAUGCGAAGUUUGUAAAGAAUCUGUUCCUUUUCAAGAUUUUGAAGCUCAUCAGAUUGAAUGCCAACGUAAACAAGCUGCAUCAUUUACAACAGGAUUGGGCGGUAUUUUUUCUCUACCAGAACAUUGGGAUCAAUCAUCACCAUAUAAUCUUUCUCGUUACACUCUUCAACCUGAUACAGAUGAAUAUAAAUUUGUUGCAGAUAAUUUUCACAAGACAUUACAAUCAAAUCAAAUUGCUCAAAUUGAACGAAUUCAAAAUCGACGUUGGUACCGUCAAUAUGAUGCUCAUAAAGAUGAUUUUAUUGAAAGAUAUGGUAGAAGCACAGAACAAUGGUUAUUUCAUGGAUGCAAAUCUCAAUCAGUCGAUGCAAUUAUAAAUGAUUGUUUUAAUCGUAGUCAUGCAGUUCGUUGUGCUGCUGGACAAGGUAUUUAUUUUGCAACUCAAGCUAGUACAAGUCUUAGCUAUACGCAACCAGAUUCGAAUGGUCUUAGACAUAUGUUUAUGGCUCGUGUUCUAGUUGGCAAGACAACUGCAGGAACUCAAUCAACACGCGUUUGCCCACCGGGUUUUGAUACGACAGGUGGAGGAACGGUUUUUGUUACUUAUCACGAUGCUCAAGCUUAUGGGGAAUAUUUAAUUGCUUUUAGAUGA